AUGGCAGAAGUUUUUGAUUUUGGUGAAUUAGAAAAUGAUGAUAACUUUAAAACGAAAAUAAUAGAACUAAAUGAAAAUGUCGAAAACGCAGCUAGUAUUUUAAACAAUUUUUUUUCUAAUACAGACUACGAUUCACUUUCGUUAGAAGAUAAGGUUAGGUUCGAUUUGCUUUUAGCGUUUGCCAUAAAUACUUUUUACUGGAUUCAUCUUAGAACGCAAGGAAUUGAUCCAGCUAAUCAUGAAAUAAAACAUCAAAUAAAUAGAAUUAAAGAUUACAUGUUACAGUCAAAGAAAUUAUAUGAUAAAAAGAAAUUUAUGCCUGUUAUAGACAAGGAUGCUGCCAAAAGGUUUAUUAGAAGUGGUUUGUGGACCCCUAACACAUCUUCAUCCAAUACUGAAUUGACUACUUCUGAUACAUCAAAUACUCAAACUAUUAAUAAUGAUAUUAAUGUUAAAAUGUCUCAUUAA